GAGAAAGAGUGACCUAGUAUGUAUGUGUGUGUACGUGUGAGAAAGAGAAGGAGAGAGAGAGUGCACAAAGCUGAGGACACUGAUCAAUGCAUCUUUGUACUUGCUGCCUCAGCAAUCGAAGGUGAGAGCAAAUCAAAACAAAUCAAAAGCAGACGCCUCCAGAGAGGAGCGAGACGCUGCUGAACGGCAUCCAAUCAGCAUCUGAGGGACCAUGAUUACUGUCUGCGGAGAGCUGGAGAAGUGACAGGGAAGGCAGGUGCUGUGUUUGAAUACAAUCUCAAGUGCAGAUUUGAGUCAUAUUAGAGAGACUCCUCGCUGUCCCCACUUACUGGACAACUGGACCUUUUCUGGAUACUGAAACCUUCAGAUAAACACCUGCAACAUGUCGAGAAGAUCUGGAGUUCGGGUCUUAAGAUGUGCAUUAUAGUUGUCAAACGCAUCGAUUUAUACCCAAUUCUGCCUGAGCCAGAUAUACUUGAGAUGGGUAGACGGGCAGCUGACCACACUACCCCUGUGCCAGUUCUUGGAGAACCUGCGCUGGUAGGAACACGUGGUUGGAGGACAGUGGCAAAUGAGACCAGAAGUAUGGCAGCUCUGACAAUGUCUCAUCAUUGUAAUAUUGGAGUGCAGACGUCGCCUGCGAUACGAAACAAUCAGUCUUAUCUGGAGGCCAAACAAAUGGACACAAUCAUGCCACCUAAUGGCCACCUUCCAAAUGAGGCUGUGAUGAAUGACGAAGGUGGAAAAGACAAAACAAAAAGCAUCAUUAAUAAUAGAAAGAGUUUGGAGAACAAAAUUAAAAAGGGUGUCACUUUUGAAGGACUGGAAAGUGAUAUUUCUUUGCAUACAAACAGACAAAUUAAAUCCAGUCCUGUAGUGAGGGGCGUAGCUACCAGCAAAGUAAAAUCCAAGUGGAAUUGUCACAUUACCAAUGGGAGUGUGGUUGACUCUGAAGUAAUGGGUGGGAUCAGUAGUGAUGUCACCGAAGGGGUGGAGCCAGCUACAGGACAGAAACCUCCUCGCUCUCGAAAGGAAAUGUUAACCUUAUGCUCCAUGUCCAUCUGCAGCACUUGUGGAGGAAGGCAGAAUCCGGUUCCUCCUGCACUUUUCAGCCAAACCAAGACAAUUACCCCACCAACUUCAGUUGGUUCUUUGGGAUCUCCACUUUCGCAGUUCCAUUCAUACAUGCAAAUUGAAAGACAAAUUGAUCGGAGUACUGCACGGUCAGACCAGCAUCCCAUCACCCCAAACCUUCAUCCCUACCUCAAUGUGAACAUAAACAAAAACUGGCCAUUAUCUCUUCUGACUGCUCAGCAGAGUGAAGCAUCAAACCUUACUAAUCAUCAUACGGUCAAAUGGGAAUCUUGUGCUGACACACACAUUAAUCUCACCGGUCACACAUCAGUUCCACAGACACACACACUCGCUGUUAGUGUGAUAGAGGACAAAACUCCGUCAAGGGUGGUAAACGCACCUUUGAACCGGAACAAUCAGAAGCCUUCUGCACAUCUAAACACAUGUCCACCAAGACCCCCUCUGACUCCGCACCCUACCCACGUGCCCAAAGAUGGCCUCACUCAGAAACCAGUAUCAAGUACAGAGGUGACCAGCACACCACAUGUGAACGCACACCUCAGAUCAACUAAACAGUCCAACCUAAAUGAGAAACAGCUAAACCAAGAAAACCAGCCGGCACCCUCACAGUCUGAAUCUCAGAGCAUACACAAACCACAGAAUAAGACACACAUCAAACCUUUUCAAUCCUCAGUAAAACAACAGAUAUUCGCUCAAACCAACCCGAAAGCCGAAACUACCACUUGCGCAUUACAAAACCAGAAACAACAUAGUUUAAAAAAUACAAGCAUAAAAAAUACUAGCACACUUUUUAAAUGCUCUGAUACAUUACAGUCAAAUCAGAUAAGCACAGAUUCCAAAUCGAAUACUAAAUCCUCCACAUCUUUUCAUUUACAUUCAAACGUUAAACAUCAAACUACAUCGCAGAGUUGUGCAAAUAAAGGUGUCAUAUCCCCAAAUGCUUCCAUUGUACCAAAACAGAAUCAAUUCCCUAACGGGUUACACUUCAAAUCUGACACGCACUCUAAACCGUCGAUGUUCUCGCACACGAGCAUUAAGCCUCAAAACGUCACGCAAAUCUCUACUGACAAAGACACAGAAUCCUCGGCCGCCUCUCCUCCUGAAUUACAUUCACAAGUUCCAUUGGUAAAUCACACACAUACACACUCAGGGCCUCACAGAGAAGUACACUCGUGUUGUCAUGCGUCGAUGCACGCCGACACAAAUCCAUCUCAAAACGCGUCUUCGCACACGAACACACACAAGCAGCCUUCCCAGACAUCCUCUCAUGCCAGCGCUCACAGAAAACACACCAGCAGCGCAUCCCUGCGGGGUAUAACCUCAAAUAAAGCCACGCUGUCAUAUCCCCACCCUGAGUCAAAAAGCCAGAAUGACACUCAAUUGUUUUUACAUGACCCAAAUACGACAGCCCAUCACCAGGCGCCAUUUACAACACAAACAAUCGACCAUCAAAACCUCUCAAAUGCAUUUACAGCCACUCAGACUAAGGUGGAGAAUCAGUCGCACACCAAAGAAUGUUCCCGAACGAGCCCCGGGGUCAAAACAGCCUCGCACUCUCUAUGCGUUUAUUCAAACGCACAGUGCAGGCAGACAGAGCCCGAAGUUCUCAGACGUUCUGUCCUAAAUCCGCUGAGUAAUGGCACUCUUGAGUCCUCAUUACUGGCCAUUUCAUCCACUAGGGCUUUUCCUCCAACUGACUCAAACGCCAAGACUGGAUUUAAGUCUUUGAGUGACGAGUCAAGGAUUCAAGGGAACGCUAAAACAACAGAACCAGAUCAUCAAACGAUCAAUGCCUCGCAACCCAAACAACCACUUAGGCCUCCAAACAAACCACCCCCUUCUAUGACCCAGAGAGCACAAAUCGCACCUCCAAAGCCUUCAUCCGCACCUCCACCAGCUCCCGUUUUUACAUUUGUAAUGGAAGACUCUGACAACGGCCCAAAUGCAGUCUCUAAUCGACACCCGCUUCCAUCACCCUCAGACAAUUCGCCCCGAAACUUGUCCCUCGGACACGCGCCUAUGCAGCACAAACAGAAUGUUGAUAGUCUUAAGAAUGCCAAAGCACAGAUGGAGUUUCAUUCCGGUUCCAUCUCACAGGCUGUUGGGUCCGUCUCAAAUGAACGGUGUUCCCUAACGCACGACCACCCUCCUUCUGCUGUCCGGUUGCUACCCGCAUCGCCCCAAUGCAGCAGACCACGAGACAAUAAGCAAAGAUUAGAGACAGUGGAGGUGAAUCUGCAGGCCAACAAGGAGAGAAUCACAACUCUGCUCAACAUCAUCCAGGACUUGGAGAUGAGCCAUGCGCUUAGCAAAGGUCGGAGAUGUUUUCGUACUGGCCAAGACCUAAGUGACUGUCCCACUUGUCAGAAAACUGCGUGUGCCGUCUACAGUGUGGAGUACGAUUUCCGUCAACAGGAAAGACGAUUCAAGGAUUUAUUCCAGAGCCUGUGCCCUCGAUCCCCAGAGAGAAGAAGAGAUGAAGGAUACGAAGGAUCUCUUUCUUUACUCGCCACACUCAUUCAAAACCACAAAUUACAUCAACUCAGCAUCAACAUUAUGAGCCAAACGCAAUCUGAUAGUCAGAGUCAGCCUCAGAUUAUUUCUCAGAUUAAGUCUCAGAUUCAAACUCAGUCUCAGACUGAGAGUCAGCCUCAUACUAUUUCUCACAGUCAGACUCAAAAUCAAUCUCACAUUAUUUCUCAUAGUAAAUCUGAGAUUCAAUCCCGUAGUCAGUGUCAGAUGAUGCCACAGAUUACAUCUCAGGCUCAGUCUCAGAUUAUCUAUCAAAUUCAGUCUCAGAAUUUGUCUCAGACACAAGCUCAAUAUCCGAUUAUGCCUCCGUUUCAGUGUCAGCCUCAGAUCGAAUCUAACCCCCAGAAUCACCCACUGUUGAAAGACAAAAUCAAAAGAAAGAAGUUAUACAGAAAGCUGUUCGGCUGGCUACCCCGCAAAAUCCAAAUGAAGUGACUACGUCAGGCCAAGUGUCUGAUUUUCAUGCAUGACUUUCUACCCUCUGGUUUGUGAAGUCUCAACCCUUUUUGGUUUUAAGGCAGUAUGAAGUCUGACUUAUCUUUUUUGGAAUGGAGCAAUAUUCCCUGACAUUCUGUGACUGUGAACUGCCUUGCCAAAUACCGUGCAGCAUUACCAUUACAAUUGAACUAUAAAUGCACCAGAGUUUGGAAUACCAUGACGCUUGCUGUGACUAAGCAUAAAGGGCUUCCCCCCUCAAAAUAAGGCGUGAUGUGAAAUUGUUGAACACAUCACUUCAUUUAUGAUCUUACAAGAGGACAGCUAUCAUGUGCUAGGGGUAAAAAAAGUGUGAUGUUUU